AUGAGUGAUCGCUUGACAGCCGCGAGGUUGCCGCCACUGCUGAUUGCCCUGUCAUUGCUCGUGGUUUUGGCUGGCUGCAACCGCGUGAGCGCCGUCGCCACGGAGCCGAUCCCGCCGGGCGAUCAAUUGCCCGCCGAACUGGGCCCCGUGGCAGAGGCGUACCGCAUCCUGUUGGACGACCACGUCGACCACGAAGUGCUGGAACCAGGCAACCUGUCGGCAGGGGCUAUCCGCGGCAUGCUGGCCGCCCUGGACGACCCACACGCUUCAUAUCUCACCGCAGAACAGCACUCCCGAGAUCAGGAAGGCUACAGAGGUUACUUUGAGGGCAUCGGGGCGCAGGUCACGCUGACAGAAGCGGGUCUAACGGUGAUUGCCCCGAUUCCCGGGGCGCCGGCCGAGGAGGCCGGCAUUCGCGCGGGAGACCUGAUCUUAUCGGUGGAUGGGCAAGACAUUGAGGGAUUGACGCUGGUCGAGUCGGUGAACCUUAUACGGGGGCCCGGCGGUACCGAGGUUACGCUGCUGGUGAGACACGUGGGGGAAUUCGAAGACGCGAGCAUCACGGUGACCAGGGGGCGCAUUCCGAUCGAGAGCACCGCGUUUCGUAUGCUGGAAGACGGGAUUGGCCACCUCUGGAUCUACAGUUUCUCCAAUACCACAGAAGAAGAAGUGCGGCGGGCGAUGGAUGAGCUGGAGGCCGCGGGCGGGCGCGGUUUGAUACUGGACUUGCGAAACAAUCCUGGGGGUCUGUUGGCGUCGGUGAUCAGUGUUACCGAUCUGUUUUUGGAUAGUGGAACGAUCCUGUACGAGAUUGACGCCGACGGCGACCGGAACGACUACGAGGCGGUCCGGCGAGGACCGGCCACCGACGUGCCGCUGGUGGUGAUCGUCAACCAGUUUUCGGCCAGCGCGAGCGAAAUCAUGGCCGGCGCGAUUCAAACCAGCGGGCGCGCAAUAGUGGUGGGAUCGAGCACCUUCGGCAAGGGCAGCGUCAACAUUGCCCGCGAGCUGUCCGAUGGUUCGGCGAUCUACUUCACCAUCCGCCGGUGGUACCUGUCGGACGGCACUCAGAUAGAAGGCGAGGGGGUCACCCCAGACAUCGAGAUUGAAGCUGAGGCGCAUCCUCUACCCAUAGAAUUCGAGCAAGAUGUUGCGCUGAAACGCGCUUUUGAGGUUCUAGACGAGCAAAUUGCCGUGCGAUAA